AUGCGUGCGGCCGCGGAAAGUGCCUCUCACGCCUCAGCAACAGGCGAUUCGUCGCCUCUUGUCGUGAAUCCUCCACGUGGUGAGUCACCACGUGCGACAGGUACAUCUGUUGCGUCUGCAGCGGGUAUCUCGAAUCGUAAUCCGGACGAGUCUGAGAUAGAGCUCAUUUAUUCCGGCGAGUCGGAUGCUGCAUCCGAUUUGAAGGCGACUCCUUACGCCUCGGGAUCACCCGGGGUGGACGCUGCAAAAGCCAGGCUGACUGGCUCUGGUCAGCGCGGCAGUAUCACGACCGAGAUCUUCGGAUCGAGUGAUUAUUCCGAUGAGUCUCCGCCUCACGCAAGUCCGUCUAACGAUAGGACGCGUGGAGAUCGUGUGCUCACGCUGGCACAAUCGAGAGGCCAGGGACCGAAAUGUCCUGUGCCACGCUCCCCAAGUGGAGUCUCCGUGGAUGCCACCAUCCAGAGAGUCGGACCGGUUGGCCGGCACGACUACCGAUCGAGGUCGAAUCCCGUUGUUCGGUUGCAGGAAGAUUUGCCCACCUGA